GAAAUUGUGCAACCCGGAAAAUUGUCCAAAUUUUAUUUGUCGCCUUCCAAAAACAAAACAGUGUGAAAACCGUUUAAUUUUACUCACCGGUUUAGUCGUUUUCUCGGCGAGGCACGACACAACAAUCGGUUUAUAUAUUUAAUACGCGCCGCAACGCGUUUAAUUGUACCGACUUGAUCCACACAUACGAAGGAGUCGAAAACAAAUGAAAAUCACACACACGUUUUCCGGUUGUUUAGAAUGAAUUGAUUUUCGUGGCCAGACAGACACAUAACAACAGCGUCCGGAAAAACAAACACCGUAACGUUGCCCUUGGUAGCAGGCAAGGAGCAACAAGUCCACAAACAAACAUACAUCCUCCAAAUUUGUCCGGAUUCGGUUUAGUUUUGCUUUUUAGUCCAAUUUUCAAAGUGUAACCUCCGUUCGGUUUGGAAAUUUAAGAAAAAAUGUCGCUACAAAGAUUCUGCAUGCGUGCAAUGCACACUAGCCGGCAGCUAUAUGCAGGAGCCACCAGCGGAUCGGGUCUGGAGAAGAGCGCACUAGCGGCAUUGCGCAAGAAGACCGGCUACACUUUCUCCCAUUGCAAGAAGGCCCUCGAAUUGAACGACAACAAUAUCAGCAUGGCUGAGAAAUGGCUCCAUCAGCAGGCCCAAGCCCUUGGCUGGAGCAAGGCCACUAAGGUGGCGGAUCGGGCAACAGCCCAGGGUCUAAUUGGUGUCCUCGUUCGCGGCAAUCGUGGAGCUAUGGUGGAGAUUAACUGUGAGACGGAUUUCGUGGCCAGAAACGACACCUUCAAGCGGUUCGUGGACCAUGUUGCCCGCGUUUGCUUGUACUACACUGAUUUGACAGAGUUCGAUGGGGAUCUGUGGAAGCUUGGCUUCGAUUCGGAUGCACUGAAGAAUCUGCCCACGGAAGAGGGCCGCACUUUGGGCGACCACCAGGCCCUGCUGAUUGGAGCUCUUGGCGAGAAUGCUGCCAUUCGCCGGGCACUGUGUUUCAGAGUCAACAACGAUUUGAAACUUGUGGGCUAUGCUCAUCCGGCACCCACCAAUGUUGGCUCCACUGAGGACACCACCCAGGUGGGCAAGUACGGAGCGAUUGUGGCUUAUCGGACCGAACACAGGCUGUUGAACUAUGAGUUCCACAAGAGCAUCUGCCAGCAGAUUGUAGGCUUGAAGCCACUGAAAAUCGGCGAGUAUGACAAGGACCAGCCAGCGGAGAACAAGGAUGAAGAGACGUGCCUGAUCCAUCAGGAGUAUCUGCUGGAUGCGGACAAGACAGUUGGUGAAGUUUUGCAGGAAUACUCGACCGAGGUCAUUGACUACCAUCGCUUUGAAAUUGGCGAGAGGACGGAACGGAACCUGCAAGAGAUCAUCCGCUCGCAGCAUCAGAGUAGCAAUUAACUAUCCCCUAAGUGCAGACCGUAGCCCCCUAAAUUGUUAUUCGGACCAGCCGAAGAUUGUUAAGUCCAAGCUCUCUCCCGAGUUUUGGCCAAAAAUUUGCAUGUGAAAUAAGUAAAACAACCACGACGACGAU